UUCUAGGAUAUGUGUUGAUUGACAUCCACAGGGUAAUCAUGCCGUUGACGAUGACGAAUGUGGUGUCGAUGAGGACGACGUCGAAGAAGAGAACAGCGAGAGGGAGAGAGAGAGAGAGGAUGGUGAGGAAUCUAUGCACGACUGCGAGGGUGGGGAGUCUCAACAAUACUAUGAGGAGGACGACGGGGGCGAUGGAGAAAACGAUCAUGCCUAUCUUGUAGGUGAUGAGGAUGGACGGCAAGAGCGGUCGGAGGCCACUCCCCAAAAAUGGAAGCGACAGUCUUCAACAAGUCCAACGGCGGAGGCCGAUAAACGCGCUGCGAAGAAACUCACUGUCGCUGCAUCUCGACAGGCGCUCAAAACUUCUCAAGAGGCGAUCGCUGAAAGAGUGAAGAAACAAAAAGGGUCCGCGUCGACAAGGGCGACAAAAGCGGAGAAACGUCCACCGAAAAGAAAGCAGAUGAUGGAUGAGGGUGACUCUGGAGAGGAUGCCGAAGGGGUUCCUCCAAGAGAUGUGUCGGAACAGACACAACCUUCCGCCGACACGGCCCGUGAUGAAGCCAUCGACACAACAAGGUGCUUCUUCUUGGAGUUCGAUGAAGAUGGGUUUGCAAAGAAGAAAAGGGAACACAUUGAAGUGGACGUCACGAAGAUCUUGUCAAUCCCUGAAGGUGACAUCCUCUUCAACCAUAGAACGUUGGACGAAACGUUGGUGCAGUUCAUAUAUGAUGCGAUCCAUCAUGCGGCCAAGGAAACCAACGGGAAGUGGGAUUUCAUGAUUUUCAUCCUGGCUCCCAUUGUGCCCAACAGGGACGGGUCUCAAGGCAGACGAAUCACACCGGAGCAAUUCGACGUCGAACUGGCUCAUACAUACAAUUGGUAUGCUGUUGCUGGCCAGCAUACGGCUGAGGCAAUGAACAGACUCAUUAAAGACAAGUCACCGACCGAGAAAGUGUAUGGCUUGAGGUCAUACUCUCACGUACGUGUUGUCUACUUUGACGAUGAUAGAAAGAGAGGAUAUCCGUACGUCUCGACGUUUGACAACACGAGGGAGGAGCGUUCGAUCUCGAGAUCGUUUUCGUCAUCUGUGCGCCAAAUCAGAACAUUUUGGGAUAAGAGGAAUGGUCGGAUCCGUCCGCCAGGGACCGUGUCCCCGAAUGACGUCGAGGGAAUGAAAAGGAAAAAGAAAUGGGAGGAGUUCAUGAACGCCGCCUGCAAAAUUACACCUGAUUCCGGUCUCAUGAACUCGUCCCUGGAGAACGACUACUGCAAGGACUGGACGAACAAGAUGCGCGGAUACAUGAAUCUUGCGCAAUGCGGCGAAACAAGGUACAACAAAAACGGCCUGACGGACGAGAAAUGGACCGAGGAACGCGACCGCAUCCCUGACGACAAGGCGAGGAAGGUGCCGAGGCGUUUGGGCGGUCCUGAUGAGAUUAAUGGUGAGAACGGUGCGGGACUGGAGGCAACCCAAGGCAUGUACAAGGAAACCCCGUUCCACCUUAAGUGUUUCAUUUACGAGGCAAUCGACUGCUUGGACGACCUGAGAGCGGAGGUUAAUCGGAUAUCCUCCAGUGCUUGUAACAUAUUUUGGGAAGUGGGGAAGAGGAUUACCACGAUCCUGCCAUUUGAAAUCGAACCGAAGGGAGUGCUCACCGACAACGAGGAGGUUGUUGGUACGGCGAGGGGGAUGAAGAUACGGACAACCAUUCUUGAUAUGUCAACAUCACCGAAAUGUGUUCCGUGGGAUGAGGAUGCCUUUUCCAAACUGUACGCUUUCCUCAUGACAUGCUAUGGCGAAAACUGGGCCUUGAUCAUUUUCGCGCCGAUGAAACACCAAAAACAGGUGAUGCAGAGUGUGUACAACUGGGAUGAUGUUGAGGUGCUCACAGGGUCAUGGUACAGACACUAUACACCUUCAACAACCUUGAACAAGUACGGCAACAUUGCAGUUCGGUAUACUGACAUGAUGGUUAUUGUCCUCCACACCGAGAACGACAAUUUGGACAAUAUAACGGUUGCGCCGAAAUUGCGAGCCGAGUUGACAAAUUUGAACGUUGAAGAGGGUGAAUUUGUGAGGUGCUCAGGGGAAUGUAUCGGCGUGGAGGGCGAAACCGACGCGGUUUAUUCUUGGAUGGAACGAGAGUCAGCACGUCUCCGAAAACUGUGCAGCUCGUUCAUCAGGGAGGACGAUGGCGUGAUGCUGUUGGGCAGGGCGCAUGCAGGACAGAUUUGGGAACUCGCUCGCGCCGGACACCACGUGUUCGAAAAGCCCCAAGUCGAGCACCGCAAGGACCGAGACAUUUACUAUAAGCUCGGCAGGAAGAGGGAGAAAGUGUGGGCUUACUUGUUCGGUGACGCUCCACGGUCGGCGGUUGAUAACGACUACGUCAUCAGGGAAAGUGAACUCGAGAUAGCAAUGAACGAGUACCACGGAUCGCACAUGGGUGCUUUCCACAUGUUCGUCGCACAUUGUGAGCAUCUGCAUUUCAAUAUGAGGAAAAGAGCACUGUCAUGCAGAGACUAUGCGGACUUGGCACGUAAAGCGGGGAACUUCAACAACAUCGAUUGUGACGAAGACACGUUAGACUCCGACCUGGACGUUCCGUCGUGUGCGACACGACAUUCGGCGCAGGGAGCACGUGCCGAGGAGCCGCAAGGGAGCACCAACGCAGAUGCGGAAAAGGCGAGGUCGAGUUUGGGAGGGACACAUGCUAGUGAGGGAGACGUGAAACAUAGAAUGAAUGCAAGGGGGGAAAAGAAUGAUGAACCAACGAACCCGGUGGGUGCUAGUGAGGGAAUUAUUAACUCACGGGUCGUGCCGAAGCUCGUGCCAGAAAAACCGUUACCUCAAGGCUUUGCUCAAGACCCUUUAGUGCCAUACUUGCUGCAAGACAAGUACAAAGAGUCAUCAGAGGAGGACUGGGGUCAUCAUAUUCUCUGGCAUGAGGGCGUGUUCGAACCGUGCAUGUUUGCGGGCAAGUGGCAAAUGGCUGUGAAGACAAGAGACCGCGAGUGGGUCGCGAAGGAAAGAAAGGACGCUGCGAUAUGGCACAGCGUGACGGAGACGCAACUUUAUUGGCGGGUUGCACAAGAAAAUGUCAGUGCAACCGAGGUGGCUGUAGCGGCAAAGGCGAAAACUUUGUUUGAGCAUCUGCGUGCGAACAAACAACUAGAAUUCAACGCAAAGUUCUACGACCUUGCAUGAAGUGUGUCGUACACUCCAUCGAUUGGAAAAUCAAACAAGCGUCAGCAG